AUGGGCACGAAACACAAAACCAGCCUCUCACAGAGCUCGGCCUCGAGUUCCGAGGAUGCUAGCAGCCAGGCGCAUACCAACGCGCAGCCGACCAUGAGUCGGUGGGAGCGUCUCCGCCGUCCGUCUGCGGCAAGCUCCACCAAGCGACCCAACUUUAGCGAGGCCAGUCGAACCAACAGCGCCCACAGCAGCACCGUCACAUCACCCACCACGCCUGCGUUUCCGCUGCCGCCCGCCGCCGCGCCCUCGCAUGACAUGAUGCGCACCGUCAGCGACGACAGCUAUAUGCACAUCCUCGCCGCCUCGGCUGCCGCACGCAGAGCAGCCACCGAGGCCGGCGCCUUCUCGGACACGGCGUCGCUGCUCUCGUUCACCUGCUCGCUCAGCAAGGAGUUCGACCGCCAGCGCGGCGCCGAUGCGCGCAGUGCGUCGGCAGCGGAUCUGCACGCCGCUCCCAAGCACGCCCACAACACCGAUAAGAAGCAGGCGUGGCUCGACACUACGUUCCACAAGCUCAGUGCGCGCUACCGAGCGCCCAAGAAGGGCGCACAGCAGGGACAGGCGUCGACAAAACCUGUCAAGCCACACUUCCUCGACCUCAGCUCCAUCAUUUGCCCGACCCCGGCACACAGCGACUCAGCAGCAACCGAUGACGAUGAAGAGGCGGGCGACCGCUCGUCUUCGUCUUCGUCGUCCUUCACGUCUGGGGUCGACUCGUCGUUCGAGGCCAUGUCGGGCUGGGACAACUCGUCGGCGGAUACGAGCGUGGAGCUGCGCACACCGCAGAACGAGGAAGACCGCCAACUUGCAUGCGCCUACGACUUUACCACGCCGCGUCCGUCGCAGAUGCAGCGCUUUGCAUCCGCCACCAGCAACACCUCAUCGACGGGUGGUCUGCGUCUGCCAUCGCCACCGAUGAUCUCGCCGCUAAUGCCCAGCUUUGGCCUGCCCGGAUCGGGCGCAUCGACGCCUGGCCUCGCCCCGCCCAGUGUGGGCCAGUACGGCUUUCCAGCCCCGCCACGAGCUGUCGCUACGCUCGAUGAUAUCGGCCACAAGCCUGCGAGCCUGGUCAAGGUCACGAUGGGUGCCGGCACGAAUGUAUCGGGUCCACCGCCAGGGAGCAUGCGCCAGCUGCGCAAGCAAAAGUCGUUCGACAACCCGGCGGAGCUGCGACGCCGCCAGAAGCAGGAGUGGGCCGUGGGCGGGCCGGCUCCUCCAGGCUUCGGUGGGGCGAAUCUGACGAUCGGCAUCCCGACGCCGAGUCAGUAUGCGCAGCACUCGCAUGGGUUGCUUUCGCCACAGCAUGCCAUGAGUCCGCCGUCGUCGGCGCGCACGCUCGAUGAUGCGCACCACCGCGCGUACGCACAGGCGCGCUCGGGCGCGGGGGGUGCCGUGCACAGCCGCGUGGCAGAGAUGCAGCGCCCGACGCCCAUGCAGCGCGGCGUGAGCCACGAUACGGCCGGCGCGGUGCUUCAGCGCCCCGGGCUCGCACCGAGAGCGUCGCACGGAGCAUUGCGAGAUGGAGCCAGGUCCGGCGCGGCACCGUCGAGGAGCGAUCUCGAUCCAGCAUCGUCGACGGGCUUCUCAUCGGCACGGCUGGCUAGGUCGAAUUACCCGCGCCCGGGAAGCGAUCGCAGGAUGCCGGUAGCUUUGCCGACCACAUCGCCCAUGCCGUCGCCGGUGACGGGAGUCGCACCGCUGCCGCCGCUGCUGCCUGCAUCGUCGCGCGAGUCGUACGGCUCGUCGGUGGGAACCGAGUCGUUGCCACCCACGCCGCACUCGGCGACGUUCCUGCGUGGGCUGCCGUUCGCCACGGGUGAAGAUGGACGUGGCAAGCACGCGCCGAGCUCGCCGCGCGACGUGAGAAUUCCUCGCGAGCUGCACGGCGUGCCGCACCAGGGCACGCAUGUGAUCGGCGGGCCAGAGUCGAUGGGGUCUGCGCUGGGGCUUGUACCCGGUCGCAUGGUGCGCGCGUAUUCCGACUCGCCCGAUGCAUUCCCCGUGCAUGGCAGCGCGACGGUGCGCGGUGCAUCGCGAUUGCGCGGCGAGAGCAUCAGCAGCAACGACAGCAUGGGCGACGACUACGGCCGCCGCCACGCUACCCAGAUGACGCCGCGCCAGAAAGUACGACCCGAGUUCCGCCGCGAACAUACGUCGAACGCGGUGCUCGUCAGCCCGCCCAAGCCCACGUCUCCCCAGGGCGCAUCGAAGCACCUGCGUCCCGAGAUUCCGGACUGGGCCGCAAACCCCACCGACGAGACGAUCCGUGCCGGUUCGGCAGCGUCAGCAGCUAUCACGCCGCGCUCGUCGAGCCUCAAAGACCUCCUCGCCUUGGCCGACGGGGAGAGGGUUGAGCGACAGAGCUUGGAUUCCGACCGUUCGGACUCGAGUCUGGCAUACACCAAGCCUUCGCCGCUCAUUGCGCAGACCGCACCUGCACCGGCGGCGUCGAGCGCAAGCAUCACCCCCACCAACUCGUCCAACCACCUCGUUCACGCAGCAGUCACUCCUACCGCUCAGGGCCCGGCGUCGAGAUGGAGCCCCGAGACGAGCCCCGUCAAGGCGCCGGCUUCGGGAUUCCUGGGCGCAAGACAGCGUGCCAACUCGCGCGCCGACGAGUGGGCGGCCAACCUGCGAAAACUCACCGCCCGCGGCGGCAACCACGCUGCCGUAGCAACCGCCGACAAGUGA